CAAAAAAUCAUUUGAGCUUUUGCUCUCAAAGUCACAACAUCGACAGAUCACAGCUGCGCAUUCCGCACAACUACCGGUGACUAGGUGACUAGGUGACUAUUCUACACUCUCACAGGCACCUUUGACUAGUUGUGCCUGUCCUCGAGCGGACAAUCAUGGCGCACCGAAUCAUCGCCCAGAUUGUCCUCACAGGAGGCCGUGUCUUUGGUCGAGCUUUUGCUGAAGCUUACAAGCAAGCCCAAGCCUCGUCACAGUAUGCCAAAGCCGCCGCCAAUGGCGCCCCCGGCGCAACCAACACAGCAGCCGCUUCGGGCAUGACCCUCGACGAAGCCUGCAAGAUCCUCAACGUCAAGCCUCCUCAAGGAGGUAUCGCCAACAUGGAGAGUGUCAUGGAACGAUUCAAAAAAUUGUAUGACCUGAACGAGCCCAAAAAGGGCGGCGGCGGUUCUUUCUACCUUCAGAGCAAGAUCCUGCGGGCUCGUGAACGCAUCGAGAUGGAAGUUCGCGAGGCUGAGAGGAAGGCCGCUUUGGAAAAAGAACUGAAAGAAGGUUGGAAACCCAAAAUGUACAAGGACUGAGAAUCCUUUACUGACCGUCGACAAGGACGGUGACCACGUUGGACGAACCUGGGCAUUUUGCACUAGACCUUCUGAUCUCCCAUCCACGAUCCCACCUUUCCAUUUUGCAGGCCUUGGAUUGAAGCAUGGAUGCAUAGCGACCGGCGUUUAAGGGAUUGUUAAAUUCGAAGCUUGUACAAUAGGUGGACCAAAUUACACAUUUAUUAUUGGCAGGCGGAUAGGGUUGUCAAAGAGCCAGAGAUUGUUGUUGCAGGCCAUGUCAUUGGAAGAGAAUGCCAUGACAAGGACAACUGGGUUGUUGUUACUCUUGAUCUACCCUUUCGUCAUGAGAGACGCCUUGACGCCCAGAGCGAAUGGGUUAACCUUUGAAUUAUAUCUCCACUCAUUUGGAGAAACAUAUAGAGGGCAGCAGGAGGCAAUGCCAUCACCACUACGGUGGGAGUGAUGCGCAUGAACAAGAUGAGAUGAAGCAAGCUCCAAAGAAGAGUCACAGUCGUGGUGGUGGAAUUGGCCCUGGAACCAUUGAUAGUUUGCUUUGGCAGAUCUUGUCUAUGGCCGGCGGCGGCUGCAACCACCAAUGAUGGAUAUGUUGGAGAAAUGUGACAACAGCGUGUGUGUAUACAGACCAAGUACGAUUUCGUCUAAAGGACGAGGCCGCUCACGGCCACCAAGCAGUAUCAAAGGGAGAGGGGGCUGGGGUGGAAUAAUCAUUGGCUACAGCAUUCUCUAAUAAUAAACUGGAAUGGCAAACCUAAUCGAUACUAGGUAC